UAUUCUAAAAUCUCAAUCCCACGCAAAUUGAUCGUGUAUAACUGAUUUGAUUGCACGAGAUUUCUAGUCGGCAGGAGUAGUGAAUAAUAAUUUUUUGCUUGUUGACUGAUAAAUAAACUUUCGAUCCUUUAUUAUUGCAAACAAAUUUUAUAAACAGUUUGACGGUGAUUCUAUUAGAGAGACUUUACAAGUCUAUGAUACUGAAUUCUACAAUCUUUGAGGUUACUUUCUGGUGCAUCCAAUAUUUGCAUCCUAAGGCAUAAUUAUCUCAAAAUAUUUACAUAUAAAUUGUCACAUUGGAGAUGCAAACGAUCAAGUGUGUAGUUGUAGGAGACGGAGCAGUGGGUAAAACCUGUCUCCUGAUCUCCUACACUACCAACAAAUUUCCAUCGGAAUAUGUACCUACUGUUUUUGAUAAUUAUGCAGUAACAGUUAUGAUUGGAGGUGAUCCUUAUACUUUGGGAUUGUUUGAUACCGCUGGUCAGGAGGAUUACGAUAGACUGCGUCCUUUAAGUUAUCCACAAACGGAUGUAUUUUUAGUUUGUUUUUCAGUUGUUUCACCUUCUUCGUUUGAAAAUGUAAAAGAAAAAUGGGUGCCAGAAAUCACACACCAUUGUCAAAGGACUCCAUUUUUAUUAGUGGGAACUCAAAUUGAUUUAAGAGAUGACGUUGCUACAAUAGAGAAAUUAGCAAAGAAUAAACAAAAGCCCAUUUCGGUUGAACAGGGUGAAAAACUUGCAAAAGAAUUGAAGUCUGUAAAAUACGUUGAAUGCAGUGCAUUGACUCAGAAAGGGUUAAAAAAUGUUUUUGACGAGGCAAUUUUAGCUGCGCUGGAGCCACCAGAACCUCCCAAGGGUAGAAAGUGUUUUAUUUUGUAAAAAUAACUAGUCGAUUUUUUAACCAGUCUUGCGUGAAUAGGAUGACGCAAUCAUAGCCGCUGUGUUCGACGCUGCAACAUCGAUUAUCCUUGCGCGGCUAAGCAACUAAUAAUUUCGACUUCAGCGACAGAGACAUUCCGUAAUUUUGAAAACAAAAACAUAGUACAGAUUUUCGAGACUCAUUAAACUCAUAAUUCGAUAGAACGUUGGGUCAUUAGCUUUUAUCGAACUCUAUUAUAUAAACUUUAAAUACAUACGUAUAUACUCAUUCGUAAGCAUAAGACGCGACUUACAUCUCUUGACAGUCUACCAAAUAUAAAUUAAGAGUCGUUUAAUUUUUGGAAGCGUAAGUUCUCUUUUGC